AACGGUGAGUUAACGGGCUCACUGUGUUUGAUGCGAUCUUAUUUCUAGAUCUACAGGCCUGGUCGGUCCAGGAGACAGCGGCGUGUUUCAGGACCAGCGGGGAGAAGGAACUACACCGAGCCGGUACUGUGAUUGUGCCCGGGACGGAGCACACGUUGAUCCACGAGAAAGCGACGCCUCAGAAUCAGGUUAGCGUUCAGCGCCACCAUGCACUCCUCCACCGCAUCCGCCGUUCUGGUGUGUCUGAUGGCUGCAGCUGUGGCGGCCAUACAGGCUCCCCAGUCAGUGUUCCUGGACAAGCAGCAGGCGAGCACGCUGAUCUCCCGUCCGAAGAGGAACACCGACGGUAGCACGUACACCACCCUGGAGCAGGCUUGCAUGGAGAGGGUGUGCACCUACGAGCAGGCCAGAAAGUUCUUCGCGGACUCAUACCGCACGGAUAUCUUCUGGUCGGUCUAUGUCGAUGGAGAUCAGUGUGCGGAUAACCCCUGUAAGAAUGGAGCCCUGUGCUCAGACAGCGUGGGAGGCUACGACUGCGUUUGCAAAUCUGGCUUCACCGGGGUCCACUGUGACAAAGACGUGACUCUGUGCAUCGUGGACAAGACCAAGGGCUGCUCCCAGUUCUGCAAACCGGACUACGUGUCCUACAAGUGCUCCUGCGCCCGCGGGUGGAAGCUCAGCCGCACGAACAAGGAUAAGUGCGAGCCUGCAGUCCCGCUCCCCUGCGGCAAGGUGAACAGUCUGAGCCGCUGGGCCGAAAGACAGUCCAGCAACGUCGGCAGCAACUACGAGGGACUUGCCUGUACUUCUACGGAGUGUCCCUGGCAGGCUCUCCUCAAAAGUCCAGAGUCAGACGGUUUCUGCAGCGGAGUCAUACUGAAGGAGAACCUGGUCUUGACUUCAGCCCAGUGCACCAAGAAAUACGCGUCCUUCCAGGUGGUUGUUGGCAAGCGCAGAACUCAGUCUGAAACUACAGAGCAGACGCUGUAUGUGAAAACAGUCCACGCCCACCCGCGUUACGUGGAGGGUCGACCCGAGAAUGACCUGGCCGUGCUUGAGCUGCGCGACCGCAUCGUUUUUAAGAAGGAGGUGAUCGCCGCCUGUCUGCCGGAAAGGGACUUCGCCGAGAGCGUCUUGAUGGCGGGAGAGUCUCAGGCCGUGAUCACCGGCUGGAAGGAAACCGAGCAGGAAUCCGCUUUCCAGGGCCCGCUCACCCUCAACCACCUCGCAUACAGCCGGCUGCCUCAGUGUCAGGAGGCUCACCCCAACCUGGUGGUGACCAAUAAAAUGGGCUGCACCACCGCGCGUGCCAAUGCCGACUGCGCCAUGAGCUCCGGCAGCCCCCUGCUCACCCUGUACAAGGAAGUGUUCUUCCUCACUGGGGUGGUGAGCCUGCCGCCAGGGGCUGACUGCCGCCAGGGCUACAUCUUCCAGAAAGUGUCGCGCCACCUGGGCUGGCUGCAGACAUUCAUGGGUACACGUUAGAUUAUGAUUAGAGAUUAAGGACAAUGCAGGUGAUAGCACUCUAAAAGAAGGAUUUCAUAACUUUUUAACCUCCUUCAUUGCAGCUCAUAUUCUUUAUUAGCUUUGUCUGUGUGUCUUUUAAGAAUAUCCAUAACCAUCCUGACAGUAUAUGCACUGUAGCCUCUGUCUGGGCAACUGCUUCUUUCUCUGUGGACGUCCUCAUUUAUCCACAAGGUGGCUCUGUGUGUCCACAAAUACACACAUGAGAGUCAGAAGCAGCAAGAUGUGAAUUAUUCAGCAUGUGUUUUGUGAUGCGGCUGUACCUUUUAAUAAACCUUUAAGUGAUGUUAUUUUGGCAUCGACUGUACCUAAUGACAUGCACCUUAAAAUACUCUUAAGAUAAUCCCUGUUCUCUGAAUGUAAUAAACACUAUCACCACACCUGA